GGGGCAGGGACAGGUUCAGGAGGCCUGGGAGGUGGCCACAGGACAGGGACAGGUUCAGGAGGCCUGGGAGGUGGCCAUAGGACAGCCAUGGGGAUCUCCGAGGGCGGAGCCAUGGAGGGCAGAGCCGUGGAAGACCCAGGAGGCAGAGCUGAGGGAGGCUCAGGAGGCGGAGGCAGACCCACGGAAAGCUCUGGAGGCUCAGGGGGCGGUGCCGUGGGAGGCUCAGCAGGUGGAGCUGAGGGAGGCGGAGCCGAGGAAGGCUCGGGAGGAUCAGGAGGCGGAGCCGAGGGAGGCGGAACCAUGGAAAGCUCUGGAGGCUCAGGAGGUGGAGCUGAGGGAGGCUCAGGAGGCAGAGCAGAGGGAGGCGAAUCCACGGAAGGUGGAGCCGAGGGAGGUGGCGCCGUAGGAGGCUCUAGAGGCGGAGGCCUGGAAGGCUCUGGAGGUGGAGCCGAGGGAGGUGGCGCCAUAGGAGGCUCUAGAGGCGGAACCGUGGAAGGCUCGGGAGGCGGAGCCGAGGGAGGUGGCGCUGUAAGUGGCUCUAGAGGCGGAGGCCUGGAAGGCUCUGGUGGUGGAUCCGAGGGAGGUGGCGCUGUAGGAGGCUCGAGAGGCGGAGCCCUGGGAGGCUCGAGAGGUGGAGCCCUGGGAGGCUCGGGAGGCGCUGGCUCUUGGACGGUCAUGGCUACAGGCUCUGGCUCUGGGACGGUCGAGGCUACAGGCGCUGGCUCUUGGACGGUCAUGGCUACAGGCUCUGGCUCUGGGACGGUCGAGGCUACAGGCGCUGGUUCUGGGACGGUCGAGGCUACAGGCGCAGGCUCUGGGACGGUCGAGGCUACAGGCGCAGGCUCUGGGACGGUCGGGGCUGCAGGCGCUGGCUCGCUGAUCGUGGCAGGCGUAGGCGCUGGCUCGCUGACCGUGGCAGGCAUAGACUGGGAAGCUGAAGCCUUUCUUCUCCUCCUCCUCCGGGCGGACGAAGUUGGCAGCGCUGGCUCGUUGAUCAAGGCAGGUGUGGGGGUUGGCUUGAUGGCAGGUGGGGCAGACGAAACAGGAUGAGCCAUGGGCGACUGGAGGGUCACCACUGUGGGAGGAGAGGCAGGAUCCUCCUCAACAACACC